UUAGACGCUACCGGUUGCUGAGUAAAAUUCACACCAGAAUGGGCACUUACCAUGACUUGUAAAUUGCUUUUUGUGGAAAGUCUGUUUGCUGUGAAGCCAAGAAAAAUUUCUACUUAAGCAAUAAGGUUGCGAUCAAUACUUUUAUAUAGAGAACAUUUAGUAAACAAUGGUUUCGUUUUUUUUUUUUAAAUGAUAUAAUAAUGGGAAGCUCGGAAAGUACGCCAAAUCAUCAAGUAGAAGGGUCUUGCAAAGAGGUGAACUCAAAUAUUGAAACACAAUGUAACCAGCUACGUAAGACUACGUAUCGGAAUUACAAGGUAUCUAAGAAUGGAGACAGAAAUCAUAAUGGUCAGCAAAAUACAUCUAGUGGAGAUUUGGAAAGGCCCAUCCCGACUCUAAGUAACAGUAUUAACUCAAAUUUCUUAGAUUCACAAUUUAAAGUUCUACCCAAAGUGAAUGAAUCUCUAAAUUUAAGAGUUACAGAAAAUGGGGCGAUUCUGAGCUCUGGAGGAACUAUAAGUGGACGUAGAUCAAAGCCUAUGUACCUAAAAGAUAAUACCGCUAUGCGUCGGUCUAGUGCAUUAAUACACGCUUCUGAGAAGUCUUCCACAGCUAGAUGCUUUUUGAGUCCAACGUUUGCUCGUUCUCAAACGAUGAUGCAUAUUAAUAUAUAAUAAUGGGAAGCUCGGAAAGUACGCCAAAUCAUCAAGUAGAAGGGUCUUGCAAAGAGGUGAACUCAAAUAUUGAAACACAAUGUAACCAGCUACGUAAGACUACGUAUCGGAAUUACAAGGUAUCUAAGAAUGGAGACAGAAAUCAUAAUGGUCAGCAAAAUACAUCUAGUGGAGAUUUGGAAAGGCCCAUCCCGACUCUAAGUAACAGUAUUAACUCAAAUUUCUUAGAUUCACAAUUUAAAGUUCUACCCAAAGUGAAUGAAUCUCUAAAUUUAAGAGUUACAGAAAAUGGGGCGAUUCUGAGCUCUGGAGGAACUAUAAGUGGACGUAGAUCAAAGCCUAUGUACCUAAAAGAUAAUACCGCUAUGCGUCGGUCUAGUGCAUUAAUACACGCUUCUGAGAAGUCUUCCACAGCUAGAUGCUUUUUGAGUCCAACGUUUGCUCGUUCUCAAACGAUGAUGCAUAUUAAUGUAAAUACCAAAGAAUUUGAUCCAAAAAAACAAAAUAAUAUUUCAAACUUGCAUCUUAUGAAAAGGCAGACAUACUCGGAACCUGAAUUGAAAGAAAAGUGUAUAAAUGAUUGUAAAGUAGAUACCAGAAAUGUCUUGGCAUCAAUGGGAAAAACAAAUAAACAAAAUAAAUAUAACAAAAAGCGUAGAGCCCCUGAAGCGCCUGUGGUAAUUAAUUCUGGCAUGGUAUCUGGCAUUUCCAUUUCAAUAUGCGAUCAGCUUUCAUCUAGGCAACGACCACAACUUUAUACAAAGAAUGCAGACCGAGGAAAGACACAUAUAACAAAAACAGUCGAUAAACUUAUUCCAACGCAGAAUUCAAACAAUAUAAUCCAGAGAAAUACUGCCGAAUUGAAGCCAAAUAGGAAAAUUGAGAACCACCUAAACGACUAUGAUCCCUCCACAUUUCGUCAAGCUAAUAGCAGCAGACGAAAUUGGACUUUUAAUCAUUUUCAUCCAGAAAAACUGGACAACUGCUCUGCUGUUGAUAAGUUAAAUAGUUCUUACGAUCAAUCAAUUGAGCCAAAUUCGAUUCCGAAAAUCAAACGCAGGUUUUAUUAUGGUAUGGACGUGCAUACCCCAACAACCGAACAAGUGGACGAUAUAGCACAAUUUCAGUCAGUACAGAACUCAAAUUUUACCUCCAUAGUUAAAAAAAAUGUGUAUAACGAAGAUGAAGCAUCAUUUUUUCCCCAAUGUAAAAGUAAUUUUUAUAAGUUGAUACGGAUUGAAGAGAAUAUCGAUGACAACGGGUUACUAGUGCGCAUUCGCCCUACUCUUCCCCGUCGCCCACAAGUGGACUUGCUAUCAUUUAGCCCAGAGCUAGCAUGGCACAAUCUUUUAGAAAUAGAUGGACUUACUAUAAAUAAAAAUACAUACAAUAAUUUAAACAAAAAUUUGUCGGAUAUUACACAGUCCAAUAUAAAUAAAGGUAUUUUUAACAAUUUAAAUGAGGAACUUCCAAUAAGGCCAAGAAGAAUGGUUCAAAUAUUCAAAAUACCGAAAUUGUACAAUUCAAAAAGAUCUGUAGCUCAAGAAAAAGAUUUCGGUGAUAAAAAUGAUGAAACCAAUCAGGCUCUAACAGCUGAGUAUGACUCAAGCUCAGAUGAAAGCCGAUCUAAAGAAUGUGACGGUUUGCUGCUUUUUGGAAAAAAAUCACAAGAACUUAGCCGGGAUUCCAGCUUCAUGUCACCUGUGCGUCUUAUUAGUAUUUCACUUCCUAAAAAUUGCAAAAUACACUAUGACAGAGAUUGUUUUCAAACAGGCAAUAUAUGCGACUAUGAAAGCCUUCAGAAAUCUAACCAAGAGAAUUUAGAUAAUAUUUACAUAAAUAGCUUUGAUUACAACAAUAAUUGGAUGUUACAUAAAAGCGACCAAAAUAUGGAUGUUCAUGGAAAUUCUAAAAGACCUAUUGAGACACUGGGAAAUCUUUCUAAGGAAUUACAGACGAUUAAAAUGCUUAAAGGAGGAAAUUACGCUAUAUAUUUACCUGGAAAUUCAGAACAUUUAACAAGUUCAUUACAAUAUUUUCGUUCUAAACUUGGCGGAACGUAUAAAUAAAACUAUUAUCACCGGGUUUUAAUAGGCAACGCAAUGUCACGCAAAAUUUACACGGUGAAGGACAGACCCUACCGACGGUGUUAAUUCCAGAAAUUCAUCACAAUGAGGCACAAGAAAGAUGCAAAAAAGAAUCAUCCGCAUACUUAUUGGAAUUGGUGCAGAGAAAUCCAAAGAAAUGUGAGGUCGGCUAACUAAAAAUGUAUCUAAACAAGAGAGGAAUGCUCUUAACUACCUUGUAUUUCCUCCCAC